AUGUGUAAGAUCGCCGACUUCUUGAAGGCUGGCUGUGAGGUGUCGGUGCUGUUCGCCAACCUUCACGCAUAUCUCGAUAACAUGAAGAGCUCGUGGGAUCUGCUGGAGUGGCGGACACAGUAUUACGAGACUGUCAUCAAAGCCAUGUUGACGUCGAUAGGCGUUCCCAUCCAGAAGUUGAAGUUCGUUAAGGGAACCGACUAUCAGUUGAGCCGUGAGUUCACGUUAGAUGUCUAUCGGUUGUCAUCGAUGGUCACCGAACACGACGCUAAGAAAGCCGGCGCUGAAGUGGUGAAGCAAGUGGACCACCCGUUGAUCAGUUCCCUGCUAUACCCGGGACUACAGGCGCUCGACGAGGAGUACCUGAAAGUUGACGCCCAGUUCGGUGGUGUCGAUCAGCGGAAGAUCUUCACGUUUGCCGAAAAAUAUUUACCACAAUUGGGUUACACUAAGCGAAUACAUCUCAUGAAUCCUAUGGUUCCGGGUCUUUCUGGCGGCAAAAUGUCGUCAUCGGAAGAGGACUCGAAGAUCGAUCUGUUGGACACUCCGGAGGCGGUCAAGAAGAAGCUGAAGCGUGCGUUCUGUGAGCCGGGAAAGGUUGAGGACAACGGUGUCCUGGCGUUUGUCAAACACGUGGUCUUCUCGCUGUUCGACACG